GGAAGAACUGCGAGCAGGAGCCUCAGGUCGAACUCCCCGCUCUAAGCGGACUAUGGAGUCCGCUUAGAUGAGUGGCUUUGGAAACACCACGGACCUGCUGGCCGCCUCAGUUUCCCUGUCAGUCUGUGGACUUACUGGGAUUCUGCAGCUGCCCCCUCCACCCCUGCCAGAGGCUGCGUAUGCAGUUCUGUCGGGGAAGGGGUGUUCGCAGCAGGCAUGUCAGAAGAUGAGGCUGCCCAGGCCCCCCGAACCAGCUUGUGGGAACAGAACCAGCAGAACGUGGUGCAGCGCGUGGUGGCCCUGCCGCUGGUCAGGACCACGUGCUCCGCUGUCUUCGAUGCUUACAGCGCGGCCAAGGACAGGCACCCGCUGCUGGGCUCUGCCUGCCGCCUGGCCGAGCACUGCAUGUGCGGCCUGACCACCCUCGCCCUGGACCACGCCCAGCCGCUGCUCAGCCACCUGCAGCCCCAGCUGGCCACAGUGAACCACCUCGCCUGCCGGGGUCUAGACAAGCUGGAAGAGAAGCUGCCCUUUCUCCAGCAACCUUCCGAGACGGUGGUGACCUCGGCCAAGGAUACGGUAGCCAGUGGUGUGACGGGCAUGGUGGGCCUGGCCCGGCAGGGCCGCCGCUGGAGCGUGGACCUAAAGCGCUCCAUGAGCCACGCCGUGGACGUCGUGCUGGGCAAGUCAGAGGAGCUGGUGGACCACUUCCUGCCCAUGACUGAGGACGAGCUCGCGGCCCUGGCGGCCGAGGCUGAGGGCCCGGAAGUGGGGUCUGUGGAGGAGCAGAGGAAACACCAGGGCUACUUCGUACGUCUGGGCUCCCUGUCCACGCGGCUCCGCCACCUGGCUUAUGAGCACUCCCUGGGGAAACUGAGGCAGAAGAAACACCAUGCCCAGGACACACUGGCCAAGCUGCAGGAGACGCUGGAGCUGAUCAACCUCAUGCAGUGCGGUGUGACACCCACUGCCCCGGCCCAGCCUGGGAAGGUGCAUGAGCUUUGGGAGGACUGGAGCCAGCGCUCCCCAGAGAAUGGCCGACGCCGCAGCCAGGCAGAGCUGGAGACGCUGGUGCUGUCCCGAAGUCUGAUGCGGGAGCUGCAGGGCACAGUGGACGCGCUGGAGAGCAGCGUGCGGGGCCUGCCCCCGGGCGCCCAGGAGAAGGUGGCCGAGGUGCGGCGCAGUGUGGACGCCCUGCAGUCCGCCUUCGCCGACGCCCGCUGCUUCCGGGACGUGCCGGCCGCUGCCCUGGCCGAGGGCCAGGGCAGUGUGGCCCGGGCCCACGCCUGUGUGGAUGAGCUGCUGGAGCUGGUGGUGCAGGCCGUGCCACUGCCCUGGCUGGUGGGGCCUUUUGCGCCCAUCCUCCUGGAGCGGUCUGCGCCGCCGCCCGACCUGGAGGUUCUGGUGGACGAGGUCGUGGGGGGCCCCGACCCCCGCUGGGCUCACCUGGACUGGCCGGCCCAGCAGAGAGCCUGGGAGGCCGAGCACGGGGACGGGCCAGCCCUCCCAGAGGACAUUCCCAAGGAGGAACCCGUGCCCCCCAGGCCCCCCAAGCACACCCUGAUGCCAGAGCUGGACUUCUGACCAGAGGCGGCCGCGGGGCCGCGGGGCAGCAAGCAGGAAGCCCGCUUCUAUCCGAGAUCCCUGCUGCCCCCUAGUGGCCGUGUGUGCGCAAUAACAGCCCAUGCGGUGGCCUCGGCCUGGGUGCAGGGUGGGAGUGGAGGGGCUGAAGUCGCCAUCUUAGACCAGCUGCACUGAUCUCAGGCCCUCUCCAAUCCUUCCCUUGAGCAUAUGGGACUGGAACCCAAUUCAGGUCCCACUAGCCCCCGGCUGGGUUCAUCUGUCAGUGGCCCUGUCCCUGAACCCCAGAAACCGAUCAAAACUCCCCAUAGAAGCACACGUUUUGCCCAAUGGCUUCUACUUGGGGUUUUGAAAAGGGAGCACCCUCCUCCCCCACCACCUUGUACACCCUGGACUGGGGGGUCCCGGAAGAUAGCCAGCUGUAUCCGCUGGACCUGCAGACCCACUUGCUUUGCCCUUUGGGGUUUUGUGCUCCGGAAUAAAGGUGCUUUGUGUUGUUCAAA